AUGAUGACGUCAUCCCUGGUCCCCACGACGUCGUCACGACGACAGCAGACAGACGAGCCACUGACGUGGGAUGACGCGUACACGCGCCACGUGACACUCGUGCUGUCUUCGAUUCUAUUCGAGCGCAAGGACUUUUGCCACGUGUUUUCGACGGAAGAAGUAGCACUAGCAACUCGAUUCCUUGGGGAUUUCCAGCCGCUGGAGCAGCAAUUGUACGCGCGGUUACUUCAGCGUCAAGGAGGGUGGAUCAAGACGACGUCACUCUUCCGAUACUUUAUACCCUACAACGAGAUCGAAUUCAAGAGGGAUGAGCUCCUCGACAAAACGCAAUCAGGACGCGAACAGCUGGUACAGUCAGUCAACAAUACCGACGUGCAACGUGUCGUCCGGGUUAUGCUCGAUGCGGGGUUUGUCGAAGCUUUUCCCGUGACGUCGACGGCGUCACGCCUGCCUCACAUGGCUACAGUUGCUGACCACGAUCGGUUUAACAAUGAUAAGCUGAAGCAAGAACAGGAACGUGCUACGUUAGACACGGUUUUAACUGCUGUCGCUCGUUGUGCUUCAACUUUAGAGCUUUCGAUACUGUUCAAGAAGAUGACGGGCAGUAAAAAACACGGGACGAAAGUGGACUUGAUGGCUGCUGUGCGAAAUGUAGCCAAGACGCAGAAACGGAUCAAUGGCUCGAGGCUUCCAGUCGCGCAGUUCAUGCAGCAGUAUUUGGCUCGAGUCGUACCCUCUCGCGGGAAAACAAUUGGCUGA